AUGAUGCUCAAGCCCGAGACCAACCAAUGGACCCCAGGGCCCUGUUUCAACUUUCUCAACCUACCCAAAGAGAUCAGACUCACCAUCUAUAGAAUGACACUUGCCCUACAGACACCAAUAACGUUUUAUCUUUUCCAAGACUCCGGGUCGAGGAUAGAAAGUUUCAGGUCCGCACAACGCAAGAUUCCGCUUGACAUUCUGCAUGUCAACAGGAAGACACAUGGCGAAGCAGCUUCCGUACUAUACAGUGUGAGCCGUUUCAACGUUGUGGAUACCAUUGAACGUCAAUCCAAACUUUUAAAUGCAUUCUUAACAAGCAUCGGGCCUGCCAAUGCCGCCUCAAUUAGAUGCUUGUGCAUUGGUUUCCCGGGAAGCAGAAGCGGAACGAGUUCGCAAGGGACAGCAGGUCCACAGCAAAACGAUUUAGGCAGCUUGGAACUUCUGAAAGAGCGGUGCAGCACGCUGACUACAUUGGAAAUGUUUGUAUACUCUAAUAAUUCCCAUAUAUUGAUCAACGGCAAAGGCUACGAGCCACGACACACCAAGGAGGUGUUAGAUCAGAUCAACGCUCUCUUAAAUUCCAUUCCAUCGCUGAAAACAGUUAUCGUAAGGAUCUUUUCGAGUUUUCCAGAGCCUGCGGUCGUGGAACUUAUGACGGGGUUUGGGUGGGUGGCAUUGAAAGGGGAUGAAGAACGGGUCUAA